AUGUCUCCAAAGGCUGUGAAUCACAGUCUGUCCAUGGACUGGACCGGCUGCAGGUGGCGUCACCUCGAGAGGCCGCUGAAGGCCAAAGGUUUGCUGAAAGCUCUCGGGGUGAAAGACUUCAAAGCUGAAGAGGUUGAGUUUUUGCCUCACGCUGGUGCAGCAGAAUAUGCCCUGUGUGCCUUCACUCCUUAUCGUCAUGGUCCAAGUCGCAGUACCUGGAGGAGUUUCGGUCAGCGAUCAAUUGCAUUGGCGGCCACGGGGUUGUUGAGCGACUGGCCUCGGCCCCUCCGACCCAGGGAGGAUCCGCAUGUCCUGGCCAUUGCCAGACGUGUUGGAAAGACCGGCGCGCAGGUGUUGCUUCGCUGGGCACUCCAACUGGGCUUGGCAGUAACCUUCCAUACAGAGAGGGCGCGGCACGUGGCCGAGAACCUGGGUGCCUUGGAUGGCGCCGACCUCUCCACCACGGAGCUGCAACUGCUCAGUGCUCUGGCCACGCUGGCGGAGCCCUUGCCUCCCGGGGAUGGCUUCGCUCACCCAUACGAGAAGAUGCCCAUUGCACCAAGACUUGGAGAGCUUUAG